AUGCCCCCCAAGGCCGCCGACAAGAAGCCUGCCUCCAAGGCCCCUGCCACCGCCUCCAAGGCUCCCGAAAAGAAGGAUGCUGGCAAGAAGACCGCCGCCUCUGGCGACAAGAAGAAGCGCACCAAGUCCCGCAAGGAAACCUACUCUUCUUACAUCUACAAGGUCCUGAAGCAGGUCCACCCCGACACUGGUAUUUCCAACCGUGCCAUGUCCAUUCUUAACUCCUUUGUCAACGACAUUUUCGAGCGCGUCGCCUCUGAGGCCUCCAAGCUGGCCGCCUACAACAAGAAGUCCACCAUCUCCUCCCGUGAGAUUCAGACCUCUGUCCGUCUCAUUCUGCCUGGUGAGCUGGCCAAGCACGCUGUCUCUGAAGGCACCAAGGCCGUCACCAAGUACUCCUCUUCCACGAAAUAA